GGGAGGCGGCAGAAGAGUAGACAGACGGACAUCGCGAGUGCAUGAUUGAGCUUAUUGUCGAUGAAAUUGCCAUUUUAGGGUUGGGUGCAACGAGGAUCAGAACAUCAACAUUCGAUCGAUCGACGCGAGGUUGGCGUUGUGCGCAUCGUGAUCGAUUGUAGCAGGGUCGCGGAGCGGGGAGCGGUCUGAGCAUCAAGAUUCUGUCAGCGGGAGCUUAGCAGCGAUGGCGUUGGAAUGGCUGGCACUCGCUCUCGUGGCUGGAGCCGAGGCGAUCCUUUUGACUCUGCUGACGCUUCCAGGAUUAGAGGGCUUGAGGAAGGGUUUGAUCCAGGUCGCGCAGGGUUUGCUGCAGCCGAUGUUAGCAGCGGUUCCUUUAGCUCUGUUUCUUGGAGUGGACAUUUUCUGGAAAAUACAGAACAUGCCCGAGGUACACGGGCACCCCGGCGAGAUGGAGAAGCAAGCGAAAUCGCUGCUCAAGAGCCAGCGCAAUGGUUUGCUGGUCAUCACCACACUCUUUCUCUACUGGCUCUUGUUCAGGGUUACUCGCAUGCAAAUUCGGUUAGAGCACCUCCAGCAGCAGGCUGCUAAGACGAAGCGCGUGGAUUAGAUUUUCCAGAUGUGUCAGGAAUGCGAGGCCCGAGUCUGGUGUAAGGAAGGGGCAUUCACUUCCAACUUUCGGUUGCCGACGUUCAAAUGUUACUUCGACUUCUUCAUUCGGACCUGUCUGUUUGAUGCUCAUGUUCGGACAUUUGGGUGUUCGGACUUCAUCUUUUACCGCGGAUGAUGAAGACUAGCUUCGGCUGUCGAGGCUUGUUUUUAUGAGACGAUUUUCGAUUAUAAGGCGUUAUUAGACGUGGUGAGAUCCUUGGAAGAGGCUUCAUGUUUGCCGAUUGCCGGGAUCGAUCGGUGAAAGUGUUUUGCGUGUGACCUUUGCUCGGCCUCUCUUAGAUUCCUCACUGUUUAGGGUUGGAAACAUAAUUUCUGUUGCACCUGCUGCAGACUUGUAGCUGUCCAUGUUGUACAUACUUUGGCCUGCCGGCCUGUUGCUUGUAACUUUUGGUACCAAAGAUAAAA